GUCAUCGCCAAGUAGGCAAGAUGGCAGCCACCAUCAAAAAAAAUCUGCCUUUUCUUAAAGAACAGUUUUCUGCAGCGUUCAGUAACAGCAGCGUAGUAGUGAAGUGUGUAGGGAUACUAGUAUUUCUCAGCUACUUUCUGACAUUCAGUGAAACAGCUCUCUCAAUUUUAACAGUAAUUCCAGGAAAUGUUAUUCCACCAAAUUUUUGGAUCUGGACUUAUUUUACACACAGUUUCAUAGAAACUCAUAUAUGGAUUGUUAUUAUUGAUGUUGUAGUCAUAGUACUGUAUGGUAAGCUUCUAGAGCCACUAUGGGGUGCUUUACAAAUGCUUGUAUUCUUCCUAGUUGUGAACUUUGGUGUCGGAGUCAUUACUUCAUUCGUGUACUUGUGCAUCUACGUUAUAAGCCGAAAUGAUGCAUAUUUGUUCAAAGUACACAUUCACGGACUAGCAGGAUAUAUCGCUGGAUUCUCAGUUGCUGUUAAACAGGUGAUGCCGGAUCAUGUUGUUGUAGAUUCACCUUUUGGCAAGCUGGGCAACCGUCACAUUCCGAUUUUGAUGCUUAUGAUUACAAUUUUUGUGAGAAUUCUCGGAGGAUUAGACGGCCCUUUCCCGAUUAUGUUUGGAUCUGGUAUUCUUGUCAGUUGGAUUUAUUUGAGGUUCUAUCAAAAGCACAGUAAUGGGAAUCGAGGUGAUAUGGCAGAAAGCUUCAGUUUUGCAAGUUUCUUCCCAGAUGUUAUCCAGCCCUUCAUAGCUGUUAUUUGCAACACAAUAUUCAGUGCAUUAGUGAAGAUCAAAGUGUGUAAAAAGCCCCAAAGGCGUUAUGACGUCAGCUCCCCAUCAACCAUUACAAUUAGUCUACCAGGCACAGACCCCUUAGAUGCUGAACGAAGAAGGAAAUUGGCACUAACAGCUCUAAAUGAAAGACUGAGCAAAACGGACAGUUCGCAACAGAGCUGGCCAUCUCUUGAGGAUGGGGCAGAAUCCCCAAGUCCUACUAAAGAUACAAGUGGUCCUUUAUUGACAUCGGUGAAAGUUGACACCAAGGAACCACAGGUUCAUACUCCCAGUGAAGAAAAGGCAUUAAAAGAACCGAAAGAGACUAUGAAGGAUGCGGAAAAACCUGUAUCAUAAUUGUGUAGUUUUGGGAUUUCUAGUGGUGUUUCAUGUUUAUAAUGGUUGCUGUACAUAUAACUUGUAUUUGGAGAACAAAAUAUCUGUGUAUGUACAUAGUUGUAUUUCAUAUGAUGUAUAUAAGAACUUUUCCAAAUGUUUCAUUACUACAUACUAGGAGAGUGUGAACUCCCCCAGCAUUGAAUUGUCUGGCAAUGCACCCAGUGAGUUGAACAAUGACCAUAUUCUUCAAUCAUACAAAGUUUAGGAAAUCUAUUUGACCAUUCUAAUACUCAUUGGAUGUCCUCUCUUCCAAAUGUUUGAUUACAAAUUAAGAGAUUGCCAUGGUUAUCGAUGAUGCCAUUUGCCUUCCGUUGAAAACUUCUGAGAAGUACACUGAGAAUUAUUUGUAAGAGUUAAAGGCCCCAUGUAAAGUUUAA